AUGUUUUUUGUUCAUUCCAAGCUCUUCUUCGUAACUGAAGCUGGAAGGUUGAAACUAAAGGAAGAUCACCCAUAUUACUAUCAGAUCCAAGGAGAACUACGGAUCUGUGACAAGGCAACUUGCUAUUUUGUAGUCUGGAGUCCUAAAGAAUUUCAUUAUCAGGUUAUUGAGAGAGAUGAUCACUUCUGGGAGGUUAAACUGUUUCCGUCCAUUUUGGAAUUCUACAGGAUGAAUAUACUGGAUGAAAGGUGGAAGGAACCAGACAUCUCGGAUGAAAUGAUGAAAAAGAAAUCCAAUGAUAUUCUCAGAAAACUCCAGAUCAGUCGAACUCGGCAAGCAGUUAUAGAGCGGGCUACAAGGGGCCAAGGAAGGAACCCUGAGUGGAGAAAGGAAAGGAAGGAGAGAUUAACCGCCAGCAAUUUUGGAAGGGUUAUAAAGAUGAGGAUGACAACAAGCUGUCAGAAUACUGUUCUAUCCAUUCUAUAUCCAGAUAAGCUGGAUAACCUUCAAGCUAUCAAGUAUGGUCGGAUGAAUGAGGCUGAAGCUAUCUCUGAGUUGAAUAGUAUCCUGGAGCAGGAAGGGUUGGGGGAGGUGGAGGAGUGUGGCAUUUUUGUUGAUAUUUGGAAGGGUUUCCUUGCUGCUUCUCCAGAUGGUUUGGUUGGUAAGGAUGGUCUAGUUGAGGUAAAGUGUCCUAUACGAUGUUCUGAAAUCAGUGUUCUAGAAUUAGCUAGGAUUGAUUCAACCUUCUGUCUCAAGGAGGUGGAGGAGGGGAGACUGGAGUUAAAGAGAAAUCAUAAUUACUAUUAUCAGAUCCAAGGACAACUUCAUAUUGCAGAAAGGUCUGUUUGUUACUUCCUAGUAUGGUCUCCCCAUGGUUCCCAUAUGGAGACUAUAGAGUAUGAUCAGGAGUUCUGGGAAGAGUGCGAGGAAAUAUUAGAGAACUUCUACAGGAAUUGUCUUCUUCCCGAAAUAGUAGAUCCUAGGGCCCCUAGGGGGCUCCCUGUUAGAGACCCAGAAUACAUUCUACAGGCUCAGAAUUUGAAAAAUAUGAAAAUAUGACGUACAGUGUGUCUCAGUACUGUGAGAAUACUUGACGGACUAAUUAUGGUGCUACAAAACAUUUAUAAAAAACGGAAACGAAGCCGGAAAAAAUCAAGAACUUCUCUAAGUACUCCGAUUAUGUGCCAAUACAGCAACGGAAACACCCAUUGAAUUCGCACUGCCGUUUUGCUAAAAUAAGAACAACAAAAGAUUUUGUUAGAAAAUGAAAACUCUUUUCUGACUUUGAACGAGACCUAGUUGACUACAAAGUAUUAUUUAAGGCAUUCAAGGUUACUAAAAAAGCAAAAAAGCUAAUUUUGGUCGCAUUAUAUAGAGUUUUAUCGUUCAAACUGUUAAUUAAUUAUAUAAUUUGAUAUUAACCGUACUAUGUUUCAAACGCCUUAUGAUUAAUUCUAUGAUUUGAUGGAUUGGGCAUUUUAUACAAAAUGCGAGGUUCCAAUUUCUGAUGUUUUCAAGGUUUAAAAUGCCAAUAUGGCUUCCUUCAAAAUAAAAUUUGAAGUUAAAGUACUUAACUCUCUUUUAAUUUAUAUCCAUAUUUUUUUGUAUAACAUCCGAAAAAUCUGUAAAAUGUAAAUCAGCCUAAUUUUUUAACAUCUUUUAUGUGUAAUAUUUUUAAUAAAUAAGUAUGGCUUAUUUUAUGUUUUCCCUCUAAAACUGUACGUCAACCCUGUAUACUGUACAGUGUACAAUGAAUAUUUCUGAAAGACUUGCCUGGAUGGCUUUUACUGAUUCUUUAGACUAUACACUACAGUGGUUACAAGAAAACAGUGAAAUUAUCGUCUUCUGUGUUUUUUCCUUCAUUGUUCAAUGUUGUUAUGGGUUUUCUUUAGUUUAUCUUGCUCUGAUUAUUCUUUGUU